GAAGGGCUAAAAACGCGAUUAAAAAUUGACGAUUCGAGUGCUCGAUCUGCCUUUUAUUUGCGGAAAACCUUUUCAACGCGGUUUUUAUAAAUAAUGAAACACACCUCUUAAUGAAGCAAACUUCAUUAAAAAUUUCAAAGAGAAAGUUAUUGGAUAGCUUAGACGUCAAACCCACCGUAGUUCGUUGCUAUAGUAACCGUACCGGGUGACGAUUCACAACAAACGUUAGGUUCCGUAAAAGUUACGUUAUCCUAGUAAACAAACGAUGAGACAAGACAUAAACUGAUAAAAAUAAAAAACAAUGUUCCAAAGUAAGGCUUCAAUAGACCGGUUUGUGGACAACAUAAUAGAAGAUGAAGCUGAGAGAGAGACUCUUCUUGCCAAACCCACCUGCUUCCUAAUAGUUGGCAGACCGGGUGUUGGCAAAUCCACCUUGGCAAAAAACAUAGCGGAGUCCUGUAAGUGUAUCCUAAUUGAUGAUACAGAUCUGCUAAACACCCACCUAAAAAAUAAAACAAAGCAAGGCAUGGAGCUCCUGAAUAUCUUAUCUGAGGGGAGAAGUGUACCAGAAGACAUGGUGCUCCAGCUGAUUCUUGCUAGGCUUAACUCAGCAGAUGUGGAGCACUAUGGGUACGUACUGAGCUGCCUACCGUUCAUGUCGGAAGAGUGUCUGAAGAUCCACGAGCAGCUCGAGCUGAUCAAAAACCUCAAACUAACACCAGAUUUCAUCAUCAACAUCAAGUGUGCAGACAAGGACCUGGUCCAUCGGCUGUCCCGUCUGAAGCUGCACCCAGAGACAGGCCAGCUGUACAACAGGGGACAGUGGAUGCGUGUGGAGGAGUUUAACAAGAAGAGGGAGAACAAGGAUGAGGAAGUGGAGGAGGAGGAGGAAGAUGAGCAGGAACUCCAAAAGGAUAUCAUUGGCCAAAUGGUGUGGACGCCAGAAAAUCUGGAUGGAAAUGCUUUUGCUAGAAUCAACAUGUACAAGGAUACUGUGCUCAGACCACUGGAGGCCUACAUAUCAGGCCACAACCCCGUCUUUCUGUUGGAGCUGGAUGGAAACAACCCACCUGAGGAACUGCACUCAUCUGUCAUGUCCCGUCUUGGAUCCAUGGCAAUAAAGCGUGUCUCCAUUCCAGUGCUCCUUCACCAGACCGAUGAUGAAGAAUCACCAGAGGAAAUUGACACGGACGAUCUAUUGAGAUCAAUGUCCUCUUCUAGGGCAGUGGCCCCCGGCUUCAGAUGGAGAAGGAGCCGCUGGAGCCAAACUUGUCCCGUUGCUCUGAGGGAGGGCAAGGUCAUUUCUGGCAAGCCUGAAUUUUGUGUUGGCUUCCAGGACAAAUUGUACCUCCUCUCCUCUCAGGAGGCAUACCAGAAGUUUGUUACAAACCCCCGACAGUAUUUACUUCCUCCGAUGCCCAGACCCCCUUGCAGAGUUUCCAUCAUUGGACCUCCGAAGGCAGGGAAAAGCACUCUGUGUAAGCUUCUAGCUCAGCACUACAAUGCAUCGGUGCUUGACAUGGAGGUCUUGGUGCAGCCACUUCUGGCCAAGGUUGAGCAGGAGACAAAACAGAUAGCUAUGGAGAAAAUCCAGAUAAAGAUGGAGCAGGAUGGUGAGCAGAAUUCAGUGACGGAGGAUCAUCCAGAGGUACACGCCAUGGUGCAGUCUGCUCUGGAAGAAGCUAGACAUAUGAGCACAUCUCCCGUCGGCCUUCAUGCCGAGGUACUGGAGAAGCGUGUGAAAGAGAUUGAAGAAGCUGAAGCUGAUUCUGGCUGGGUGCUUGACAACUUUCCCACAGACCUUUCUGAAAUGAAUAGCAUACAGCAAGCUGGACUCCUGCCAGACAUCCUCUUCUGUCUCAGAGACAGAGAUGGCAAUCAGGUUUUGAAGAGAUUGUAUGAGACAAACAAGGACCGCGUGGACAACGCAUUAAGGAAGAGGUUGCAGGACGAGCAAUCCGAGAAGGAGAAACAGGCUUUAAACCAGAAGGAAUCAGAAGUAGAGAACAAGCCUGCACAGCUGCAAACUGAUCUCGAGAGGAUUGUGGAAGAGACCACUACAGAUCCUGCCAUUACCGAAAAGAAAGCUGUGGAACUACCCGACCAUUGGGACCUGGGUUACCCAGACAGCUCGGAGAUGGAUGACUAUAAACUGCAACUGCAACAGUUUGUGUCCGAAUGGGGCCGAAUGCAGUCUGCAUUAACCGCCGUCUACUCGGUGCUGGAUAUCGGCGACAAAAGCCCAGAGGACCUGCUUCAAGAGAUGGUCCUUCAAAUGGAGAAACCCUUUGAGCAUGAAUCUUGGGAGCUGUCAGCAGUGGACCUGAACAUGGAGGCAGAGGAUAUCGAGGCGGAGUUGCAGAGAGCCGAGGAAGGCAGCAGUGACAAUGACACAGCUGAGGAGGAGAAUGAACAGGGUGACUCAACAUUCAAGAGGUUAUUAGGAGAUACCCAACAUUUCUGUCCUGUGGCCUUAAAAAAACACAAUAUCUUGCGGCCAUGCACGGAUGAAAUUGCCGCCAAGUACCGUGAGAAGACCUUCUACUUCUCGAGCAUCGAAGCCAGGGACUCCUUCCUUGAAAACCCUGUUCAAUUUGUUGCGCAGACUGAGCCUCUCAAGCCUCCCGUCCUGCGGAUCUUUUUGCUCGGCACCCGAGGGGCGGGCAAGACCACUAAUGGGGAGUGGCUCGCCCGGCAGCUCGGCAUCUUUCACAUUCAGUUCAGAGAGCAGCUCCAAACGCUCAUCGUGGCCAAGACACAGAAACGGGUACCUGAUACAGGUGAGGUGGAUUCUUUCCUGGGGUCCCCUGAGGAUUUGGAGGCCCUGAUAGCGGAAGCCAGGGGGGAGGUUGAGGAGGAGACGGAGGAAAUGGAGGACGAUUCCUCCAAUAUGAGUGAAAAGCAGCAACAGGAAGUGGUUCUGACGGAUGAGGAAGAGGCAAUCAAAGCCUACCUGUCUGAUGGAGAUCCACUGACUCCACAGAUCCUGGAUAUGGUUAUCGCACCAUACUGGAAACAAGAGCCAUACAUAUCUACAGGUUUUAUUUUGGAGGGCUUCCCCCACCAUCCCGAUGAGGUGCAGUACCUGUUGGAGAAACAGCUUUUCCCUGACGUUGUGGUCACGAUGGCGGUGGAUGUCACAGACGUCCAGAAGCGUCUGUUUCCGAAAUUCUUGGAGAGCUGGCGGGAGCGCCGCAACCACCGGGACGCACAGCUGGGCCUCCUACGAGAUCUGCGCAAGAAGAACAGGGAAGAGAAGAUUGCCAAGAGGAGGGCUGAACUCACAGAGGCAGAAAAUACAAAGCUCAUAAAUCGUGGGGAGGAAGAAGGCGAUGAAGACGACGAAGCUGCAAGCAACGGAGAGGACAGGAUAGAGGACAUGCUGGAGGAGGAGUUUCCUUUGGAGGAGGAAAACGAAGACUUUGAGAAUGAGGAGACUGAGGAGGCCGCGUCUGAGAGGCUGGAGGCGGAGAUAGAGGAGCGUUACGUGGCGGAUGAAAACAGCGUUGUUACUGUGACGGAGCUUCUGGGGGAACUAAACAUACCCACAGUAUCAAUCAGUGCCUCUCGCAGGCUCGCUAUUGUGCAACGUCAACUGCUCCAGAAAAUCCAGCCCCUGCUGACCAACAGGGAGUCACUCUUCCAAAGCUGCCAACCCAUCUCGUACAGCCUGGCCCAUCAGCUGCUGCUCUCCUCCUACAAGCUCCACAGUGCCUUUGGCUGCUGGGAUCCCAUAAAUCACUACAGAGACAGAGAGUCAUUCCAGCCUCUGCAGUGGCCUCUCAAUACCUCAUAUCCCCUGAUCUUCCAUCAGUAUAUUUACUUCUUUGCGUCCAAAGAGAACCGCAACACAUUCAUGCUGAAUCCCUUGAAGUACCUCAGACAGCCAAAGCCCACACCUCCCCUUCCUGUUAAAAUAGCAGUUGUCGGACCUCCCAAAUCUGGAAAGACCACCGUGGCACAGAUGUUUGCUGAGAAAUAUGGCUUGGCCCGUCUGUCCAUUGGUGGUGUUAUGCGUGUGGUGCUUAGCAAACAUGAGCACACAGAUCUGGUCGUCCAGAUGAAAAAGUAUCUCUCUCAGGGAUCCGCCGUGCCCGAUGAACUGGCCAUUCAGUGUCUGGAGGUGGUGCUCAUGAGCUCGGUCUGCAACACUCAGGGGUACGUGUUGGAUGGCUUUCCGAAGACGAUUAAGCAGUCACAGCUGAUGGCGUCUCGCGGCAUCAUUCCCAUGAUACUUUUUGAGCUGGAGCUGGACUCAGUGGAGCUGCUGAGGAGAGGUCUUCUGGACAAGAUGAAGCCCAACAAGCCUCACCUGACGCACGACAGCUCAGAGAUCCUCCACUUUCGUAACUGUUGUUACAAGCAGGAGAUGGAGCGUGUUAGGCCUCACUUCCAAGAACAAUAUCAGAACUGGAUCCCGCUCGAUGGCACGAAGAGCAAAUGGUGGCUUUGGAACAGAAUUACACAGGAGGUCAGCAUCAGCAUGAAACAUGUCUCCAACUACCUCUGGAGGACACGCGGCGGGCAAGCGGCCUCCAUCGACAGGCUGUGCAUCACACCCGAGGAGCUGCAGUGUCGUCUUAAAGAGUUCGGUCACUACUGCCCAGUGUGCCUGUCGUUAUGCUGCCACCUGGUGGACUGCUCAGAAACCGCAGCCUUAACUCAUGCAGCUGAGUUCAGGGGAAACUAUUUCAAGAUGUGUGGCGAAGACCAUUUAGAGCGGUUCCUGACCACACCUGAUCAUUUUGUGGCUCCCGGCUGUGCACACACGCUCCCACAACCCCACCUGUUGCCAAAAAAGAUGACUGAGAGUCAGGUGAAAAAACGGUUCCCACAGCAGGUCGAGAUGAGGGGCUUCUGCCCGGUCACCUAUCUGGAUGGAAAGCAAAGGUAUGAAGCUCUGGUUCGAGGAAAGAUGGAAUAUGCGGUCGAAUUCCGGGAAAGGAUCUACAUUUUUGAGACAAAGCAGAAACAGGACAAGUUUCUGAGGAUUCCUGAAGCCUACUGCGACCAGAAGCUGCCCACCAAAGUGCCCCCUCUUUGUCAACCUGUACCUCUUACAUCCCUUCCAACUCUGGGCUAUCUGGAACAGGGUGUGGCAGUGUCAGUCAUCAAGGCCAUGACAGCGGUUGGGUGUCUCAAACCAAAGUACCCCUUCCUCAGCACACAAAGAUCAUCGCUCGUCUAUGUGGCCUUCUAUCUGAAAGCUUUCAACAACAAGACACCCGAAUCCACCCGCAAGAAGUACAAAAAGAAGCUGGCUUUGUUUGAAGAGGACUGUGCGCUCAUUCCCUACCUGAGCUCAGCAAUGAGAGGCAACUACCGGCCUCCCGGGGAGCGUCCCAUUGACUUUGAGUUCAAACUAAAUCGGUUCCUGGCCUUGGGAGACUCUCCAGUUGCUAACAGUGUCCUGUAGCUGUGCUAUUUCCUAUGGUGUUAAUAUGGUCUGACUACAAGGGGAUGUGAAAGAAACUUGCAUUAGGAGUUUGUUUUAUACGCUCACACAAUUCUGUGUUUCUCAGAUUAGCUUGUGUUUUUUGUGUAUUUUAUGUUUAAUAAGAUUCUGAAAAUUA